CACACUGGCAGAGUUCUGAGGCUGCAGUUCAUCGAAACAGUACAUGUUAUUUGACUUUUACCUGUGCUGCUGCAGCUGAUCUGCCGGAGCUCCCUGCAGAGCUGGAAGAAGAGAACUUUAGCAGCUUUUUUUUUUCUGUUGUCUGAACUUGGACCCUUCAUUUCCAAACAGUGUCACUCUAAGGUGUCAGCAUGCUGGAGCAGGUUCUGUCAUUCGGCCGCUCCCUGGUGCGCAGGAAAGUGGUCGACCUGAACAAUCUGGAAGACUCCAAGCUCUGCCGCUGCCUGGGAACCGUCGACCUCAUUGCCCUCGGGGUGGGCAGCACUCUGGGCGCCGGCGUCUACGUCCUGGCUGGAGAGGUGGCCAAGGGAGACUCUGGCCCCAGCAUUGUCAUCUCCUUCCUAAUCGCCGCCUUGGCCUCCGUCAUGGCCGGCCUGUGCUAUGCAGAGUUUGGCGCUCGCGUCCCCAAAACUGGCUCCGCUUACCUUUACAGCUAUGUGACUGUAGGUGAGGUCUGGGCCUUCAUCACCGGUUGGAACCUGAUCCUCUCUUAUGUGAUCGGUACCUCCUCAGUUGCCAGAGCGUGGAGUGGCACAUUUGAUGAGAUGAUAGGAGGACACAUUGAGAUAUUCUGCAAAACCUACUUCAGCAUGAACUCCCCUGGUUUGGCUCAGUACCCCGACUUCUUUGCUGUCUGCCUGAUUCUGCUGCUUUCUGGACUCCUGUCGUUCGGAGUGAAGGAGUCGGCCUGGGUCAACAAGGUCUUCACCUCGGUCAACGUGCUCGUACUCUUGUUCGUCAUCAUCUCCGGCUUCGUUAAAGGAGACACUCACAACUGGAAGAUCAGUGAAGAAUCCCUUGUAAAUUUCACCAUAGUUAAAAGGAACUUGUCAGCGACCGCCAAUGUGAGCAGCGAUUAUGGAGUUGGAGGAUUCAUGCCUUACGGAUUCAGUGGAACCUUAGCCGGAGCUGCCACCUGCUUUUACGCGUUUGUUGGAUUUGACUGCAUUGCGACAACAGGUGAGGAGGUGAAGAACCCUCAGAGGGCCAUACCCAUCGGCAUCGUGGUGUCGCUGACCGUGUGCUUCCUGGCGUACUUUGGCGUGUCGGCGGCGCUCACCCUGAUGAUGCCCUACUACCUGCUGGAUGAGAAGAGCCCUCUGCCCAUGGCCUUUGAGUAUGUGGGCUGGUCUCCUGCCAAAUAUGUGGUCGCUGUGGGUUCACUGUGUGCCCUCUCCACCAGUCUGCUGGGCUCCAUUUUCCCUAUGCCUCGUGUAAUCUAUGCUAUGGCAGAGGAUGGGGUGCUUUUCAAAGCCUUAGCCCGAAUCAAUCCUAAGACGAAGACCCCACUUAUUGCCACUAUGAGCUCCGGUGUAGUUGCAGCCAUCAUGGCUUUCCUGUUUGACCUUAAAGCCCUGGUUGACAUGAUGUCCAUUGGAACCCUGCUGGCCUAUUCACUGGUUGCCGUGUGCGUGCUGAUUCUCAGGUACCAGCCAGACGGAGCUCUGGAGCGACAGCCAAGUAAAGGCGAGAGGGAUUACCUGUCGUCUGAGGAGGGCGAGUCAGACUUGACGGAGUCGGAGUCCCACCUCAACAUGCUGAAGGGCGGCAGCUCCACCCUGCAGACCGUCCUGCAUCCUCCCGUCGCUCCUUCUGAGCAUUCGUCCAGCGUGGUCAACAUGUCCAUCGGCGUGCUGGUGCUGGUGGUGUGUGCGGUCAGCUACCUCACCACGUACCACAUCUACGCCAUCAUUGGCCUGGAAGUGUGGAUCCUGGCGUCGCUGACCGUCUGCCUCCUCAUCUUCAGCGGCUGCGUUUUCAUGGUCUGCAGGCAGCCUCAGACGAGCAAGAAGGUCUCUUUCAUGGUGCCCCUUCUGCCGUUUCUGCCCAUUCUGAGCAUAUUUGUGAAUAUUUACCUGAUGGUUCAGCUGAGCGGAGACACCUGGAUUCGUUUCUCUGUGUGGAUGGCUGUUGGCUUCCUGAUCUACUUCGGUUACGGCAUGUGGCACAGCGAGGAGCGUCUGCGCCAACUCCCGGCCGCUCCCAGCAGCAACCACGACAACGUGAAGGCCGGAAUAGACGCAGACGGGAAGGACCAGGAGCGCUUCAUCUGCCCGGAGAAGACCAGCCAGUGUUAAAGUUCGCCAGACUCUGUGAGGCGACAGAUGCAUAAAAGCAGGCGGCAGCUCUGCCUUGAUGCACCUGUACAUACAGCUUCACCACGCGUGCGCACUCAGUCCUGCAAAAGGCAGCAUCAGUAUUCUGUAUGAGCGGCCACACGACGAGGAGCCGCUCUGUCACUGUGAUGGGACCAAAUCCUGCAGGUCUCACUGUGCUUUAUGGACAGCAUGAAAGCAGAAUGGAAGGGACAGGUAACACACUGGAGAGUGAUGUUCAUUUCCUUUAACAGCCAAGCAGUCGAUGCGAGGCUGCAGCAAAGCUUUUCUCUUUUUCUUUAUGGACUUUGUUUUGUAGUGCAUGACACACAUUUUUUUGUCUCAUCAGUUCAUUUCAAGCAGGUUUGUACAGUUUUUAAAUCUAGAUUUUGACACAGGGAUGUUUAGGAUAACGGUGCUGAAGAAGGAAAGAUGUGUCGUCUGUCGGGUAGAUUUUUAGAGCUUGUCGGUUUCAUAUGCACACAUGUGAAAUGUUAGACCUUUAGAGCAGCGUAUAAUCUGUCAGAUAGUCCUGUAGGCACUUAACAUGUCAUGACUCGACUGUGCUGAAAGUAGGCCAAGUGCUGGUGGAAACUCUCCGCCUGGUGUAGCUGUUAUGUAAGAAAACCUUUAAAUCUUCACGGUAGUCACUGAGGCCUCUGUAGCUCUUGUUGUGAUCCUAUUUAGCACAGGUUUCUAGUUAUGCUUGACUUUCUUUUGAAUAUGUUACAGCCUCAAUAUGAAGAUUAUUUGAUGCAGAACUCGACCGAAAAAGUAUUUGUGGUUUGUUUUUCACUUUAUCAAACUAUAAAUUGCUAUAUUUUCCUGUUUGUCUGAUUUAUUUUUUUUUUGCUAUAUCGAUACACUUGCAGACAUGUUUUAAGUAUAAACUUAUUCUCACUUGACCAGUGCCACCUGACAAGAAGCACAAUAAUUACUUAUAAGUUAAAGUAUUAUAUGAAGCAGGACUGUCUCAUAGCUGGUUCGCAGAGAUUCGUAGUGUUCUUUCCUUCAGGGUUUUAGGGGCCACUGAUGUUUUCCAUAAUGAUCUUUAGCUUAUAGUAGAAACUCAUUCGGUGUCUGAACUCUCACCUCCACUGUCAGUGUUUUACACCACGUAAUGUGAAGAAAUCCUACAUUUUUGAAGAGGAUGUUGGUAACCUCAGGCUGAUAGACGUGUUCAUGAAUGUGGAACAAAUUCAGAAGCUAGUUUCAGCAGGAGAAAGGAAGAUAUUCUGCUACAGUGAACCUCUGCAUUGACAGUGUGGAGUCUUCCAGUGAGGUUACAGGACGAUGCUGUAGAAGGAACCAUGUUGUCAUGUCACUUGUUACCAACUGCACAAACAAAUACAAUAAAAUAAAAUGUAUUUUCCAGUAA